UUUUGAAAAUAUUAUGAAUCAAAAUAGCGGGAAAACAAACGUCACGGCGUACGUUUGGCGCAGUGAAAUUGAGUGAUUUUGUGAAUUCUAAACUAGAAAAUUACGUACAAGAAGGUAUUGAAAUUGACAAUGGCGCUGUUGAGAUCUACAAGUUUUCGAAUACUUCAGAGGGCGUCUAAAAUUCUGCUACCUCAAGCUAGAAAAAUAACACAUCACGAUCUUGAACGUGAAUCUAUUUCAGAUCGAAUUCACAGAUACGAGUGCUUUUUUUGUCGAAGAGACAUUGACGGCUGGGACGUCCGUCAGGCGAUGAACGAUCUUGCCGGUAUGGACAUGAUACCGGAUCCGCGCAUCAUCAUAUCGGCGUUGUACGCAUGCCGCCGCAUUAACGAAUACUCGGUGGCAAUACGGUUUCUUGAAAUGGUCAGAUUUAAAUGCACCUGCACGGCGGAGUUUGAUAAGUUGUACCCUUACAUACUUCAAGAAAUUGGUCCAACUCUUGAGGAAUUGGGCAUAGAAACGCCCGAAGUCUUAGGAUUUCACGUACCGGAGUUGUACCUUCCCGAGCUAACAGCUUAAAUUCAUGUAUCUUGCACAGUUUGUGUUAAUA